GCGCAGACUUUCUAUUAUAUAACCAAUUAUUUAACUUGAAAAAUGAUUGUCAAAACAAAAACAAAAGAAAACAAUAACAUUGUCUCUAAUUUGCAUGUAUAGCUAUAUCUGCAAAAGUUUGGGUAUAUGAAUGAGUCGGCCGCCGCUAACCUGGUCUCCGAGCAAACCUAUUCCGAUGCCGUCAUUGAAUUUCAACGCUUCGCUGGACUCAACCAAACAGGGAUACUGAAUGACGAGACAAUAGUGAUGAUGAACUCUCCCCGAUGUGGUAAUAAAGACAAAGUCGGACACAGCGAAGACGCCAAACGAAGGAAACGCUAUGCACUGCAA